GAGUUCCACACAUUAACUAGCUCGCCCUGCACACAAGCAGAGGGAAGCAUAGAUCUCGUACUGCCUGAUCUCUCCGCUGCAUGAACACAGAACCACCAUUCACAUCCCAGAAGGGGAAGGGCAGAGGAGGCAUUGAUUCUACAGGAGUGGACGGGAAAGGGUGCUGCUGAGACCUAGAAUGCUUACAUCUCAGAGGGAUGUGCAGGAAUCGUACCUUCCCAGCUGGAAAAUAAAACCAGAGUACUCCGCGAAAGUGCUCAUUGGAAACUGGUUGGAAGAGAGGAAAAGGUUUACAAAAGACAUUGGGAAACCCAGCAACAGCAUCUAUGGGACUGACUUUAUUCGCUUCCCUGGCCACAGAACAGAUCGAACAGUGAGGAGAACCAUUAUGAAGAAACUUGAUGGCCUGCCAAAGCAGCAUCUGUUUACGCAUCAUGAAGAACCGAGCAACCGAAAUUUAGUAACUCAGUAUGAUGAUCAUUACAACAGACAUGGCUAUAAUCCUGUGUUGCCUCCGCUCCGCAGAUGGAAUGGACAAAAGCUAGCCUGGCUUCCGGAGAAAUCAGAUUUCCCCAUUUUCGAACCACCCACCAACUAUGGCCUUUUUGAGCAACUAAUGAAAAAAUGGACCCACCAAGAGGCUGGAGUGAUGAACAGUGUCUACACUGUUUCUUAUGAGAUGCCGCCUGUUUCUGCUUUUGCCGUUCGCCGACGUCCAGUCACAAAUUGCCACCGGCUCCCCCGUGAUGGGCAGCAUCUUCCCCACAGCCUCGGUGCAAGUCUGGAAUGUGACGGCGCACCAAAGUGCCUUCACGUUUCCGAGCAGCCGGUCAGAGACACGGUAGCCAUUGGCGCCACGCUGUAGAGUGCUUAUUGCGAUACUCUCACUGCUAUUCAAAUACAGCAUGUUGCCCAAACACUAAGACUAUUCUGGUCCAUGUGCUAUUGGCAGAAAUAUGAAUUAGGCUAUAUAGAUGGAGCGGUGUCUACUGGUUGGAGCAGAGCACUGGAAUGUAGGGUGACUGGGUUACAUUCCCAGCUCUGCCUUUGACCAGUGGCAGCUCCUCAGGGUGGACUUUGUUUCCCUUACUUGAAUCAGACAUCUGCAUGAUCUUUCUGUGCUGCUGUGAAUGGCUCUGAGUUCACCUUCGUGCAUCAGCUUUGCCUACUCACUGACAAAAGUCACCAUCACCCACUGCCUCUACUGAGCGAGUGACUUUAUUCAAGUUUAGGGGUGGGCCUUCUGUGCCUCUCCCUUGUGGAAAGAAGCAGUAGGAUAUAUAUUCCAUAUACAGGGAGCGUACCCUAUAUAUUUAUACACAUUACACAUGAGGACUGUCAUAUAUGACAGGGGACACUUAUAUUAGAGUGAAUGCAGGAUCUCUCAUGAGUGCAAUGGGUAAAACAUAUGCUACACCUCUACCCCGAUAUAGCGUGACCCAAUAUAACACGAAUUCGGAUAUAACGCGGUAAAGCAGCGCUCCGGGGGGAUGGGUCUGCACACUCCAGCAGAUCAAAGCAAGUUCGAUAUAACGCGGUUAGAUUUUUUGGCUCUCGAGGACAGCGUUAUAUAUCUGCCUGUUUUGCAUAUGUUUUGCUUGUUUUGCAUAUUUUUGUUUUACCUGAGCAUUUGUAAAAUGGUGUGAGGAUCUUUGCCUACUUCAUGGCUGUCCGUGUGAGGGUGUGUGAAUAAUGAUUAUUAAGUGCUUUGAGAUCAUCAGCAUGGAAGGUAGUAUUACAUAAGUGCCAAAAGAUCAAAACAAAGGAAUCAACACGGCCCUGUUCAGGCUAAGAAGAAGUUGGUGUAUUUGAUUGUGAUUGAAAAUUUGUUUGCAAAUUUGUAAUGAGUUUGACUCAUGCUUACCAGAAAUUCUAAGUGCUUAGCGGUGGAGUUAAAUUAUUUGGGUGAAUAACCUUUCAGGAUAAAUGGGAUUUGACUAACUCGUAGUCAGACCUGUGUUGAUUACAUUUUGGACAGCCCCUUACACUGUGAAUUCAGCCUGAUCCCUUAAAGCCAGAUUGUCCCAUCCGAACUCCCAGCUACGGAACUACCUGCGUAAGUGCUUGCCAAUGUGAGUAAGGCUGGAAGAAUCAAACCCGAAUAUGAAGUCAUGCCAAUCAGCCCAUUGCCGAGUAAGGUGUUAUUUUGAAUAAAGGGUGCAGCAUCUGUCCCUCAAUUUUCACUUGCAUUUUGCACUCAAGUACAAUAAUAACUUCUAAAGGGAGAAACUUGUUGCAGAAAAACGGUAUCUGUUUAGACGAGCCUUCAAACUGGGCAGAAUAAACAAACUAACUUUGUUUCCCUAAACUGAUUUACAAAGUUCGUAUAAUUGUGUGCGUAUGGGUUUUUUGUUUCUUUGUUUUAUUUCAAAACAAAUUCAGUCACUUUUUAAAAGCAGAAAUAAAUCAAUGCUCCAGUUCAGUUUUCAUGGGCAACCCUACAAAAACAAACUCAACAAUAAGGAGAAAACCAGAGAGGGAGGGGAGGCCUCUUUAAAAGGUGUUGAUUUAAACAGGUUUUUGUCAUUGGACAUAUGACAAUUUCAAUAUCAACAACUUUAUUGUCAUGACAAGUUAUACAGGUGUCGUUAUAAAGUCAUGCAUCUCUAUUUAGGACAGGUUUCACAAUGGUAAUAGUUUUAUACAGUGUGUCCAUUUCUCACUACUGCUCAUUUCAG